AUGCAAUCCGGCGGCGGAGGUGGGCCCGGACGGACGGGAAGGGCUACGUCGACGUCGUCGGCUGCGUCGCCGUCGUCGUCGUCUUCGGCGGUGUCGACGCCGCACUUGGGGUUUGAUUCGGUGCAGCAGCAGCAGCAUCAGCAACAGCAGCAGCAGCAAAGACAGCAAUUGCAACAGCAAUUCUUAAGAAAGCCUGAAGGGAAUGAAGCUCUUCUAGCAUAUCAAGCUGCUGCUUUUCAAGGAGCUAUGGGUGGGAACAAUUUUGUUUCAGCUCCUGGAUCUUCUCAAAUGCCUCAACAACCUAGGAAGUUCAUGGAUAUGGCUCAACAGCAUGGCUCACAGGAGGGCCAGAAUAGGAGUCAAGGUGUUGACCAGCAAGUGCUAAAUCCAGUCCAUCAAGCUUAUCUUCAGUAUGCUUUUCAGGCUGCACAGCAGAAGUCUGGUUUGGCAAUGCAGUCACAGCAGCAAAAUAAAAUGGGGAUGUUGGGGCCUCCAUCUGGAAAGGAUCAAGACAUGCGGUCAGGAAAUUUGAAGAUGCAGGAAUUCAAUUCUAUGCAGGCAGCUAACCAGGCACAAGCAUCAUCUUCAAAAAACUUGUCAUCAAAGAACUCAUUGGAGCAUUUUUCUCGUGGAGAAAAGCAGAUGGACCAAGGACAGCCACCAGCUUCGGACCAAAGGAGUGAAUCUAAGCCUUCAGCCCAGCCAGCAACCGGAGGGCAAUUCAUGCCUGGAAAUCUCAUGAGGCCAAUGAUGGCUCCACAGCAAAGCAUGCAAAAUAUGCAAAACAACCAGAUGGCAUUGGCUGCUCAGUUGCAAGCAAUUGCACUUGAGCACAAUAUUGAUCUUUCACAACCCAACGUGAUGGCACAGCUAAUUCCAAUUGUGCAGUCUAGGAUGGCUGCUCAACAAAAGGCAAAUGAGAGCAACAUGGGUGCACAAUCAUCUUCUGCUCCAGUAUCAAAGCAGCAAGUUACUUCUCCUCAAGUUGCAAAUGAAAGUUCUCCUCGUGCUAAUUCAUCGAGUGAUGUAUCUGGGCAGUCAGGAUCUGCAAAAGCAAGGCAGCCAGUUUCACCUAGCCCUUUUGGCUCUGGUUCAAAUAGUGCGAUGUUUAACAAUAAUAACAACAUCCCUAUGCAGCAGUUUUCUGUUCAUGGCAGAGAAAACCAGAUGCCUCCUAGGCAGUCUGUUCCUUUUGGAAAUGGAAUGGCUCCUACCCAUCCCACACACCCAUCUACAAACACAAGCCAAGGUCCCGAUCAAUCUGUGCAAGUAAAAACUGUACCUAACAAUCCAGAAUCAUCACAGAUGCAAUACCCCAGGCAGUUGAAUCGUUCUUCUCCACAGGCUGUGGUUCCUAAUGAUGGGGGUUCGGGCAGUGCUCAGUCACAAGGUGGACCAGCUCCUCAGGUGCCACAACAACGCCCUGGAUUCACCAAACAGCAGCUGCAUGUUCUCAAAGCACAAAUACUAGCAUUUAGGCGAAUCAAGAAAGGUGAAGGUACACUCCCUCAAGAACUUCUUCGGGCUAUCGCUCCCCCACCUCUAGAGCAACAGCUACAGCAACAAAGUCUUCCUGGAGGAAGUAUUCAGGAGAAAUCUUCUGGGAAAAUUGUAGAAGAACAUGCUGUGGAGUCCCAAGAAAAAGAUUCACAUUUACAGGCUGUUGCAUCAGUGAAUGGACAGAAUAUUUCAAAGGAGGAAGCUCUUACAGGAGAUGAGAAAGCAAGUGUAUCAACAGUUCAUGUGCAUGGAAUGCCUGCUGUGGUGAAGGAACCUACUCCUGUUGUGUCUUUGGUAAAAGAACAACAUUCUACUGUAGCUUCAGUUAAGUCGGAUCAUGAAGUUGAACGAAGUAGUCAAAAAGAUUCUGUCAAAAGUGACUUUUCUGUAGAUAGGGGAAAGUCUAUUGCACCACAAGUUGCUGUAUCUGAUGCCAUGCAACUUAAAAAGCCUGCACAAGCAACGUCCGCACCCCAGCCAAAAGAUGCGGGUUCUGUCAGAAAGUAUCAUGGACCGCUUUUUGAUUUCCCCUUUUUCACUAGGAAACAUGACUCCUUUGGUUCAGCAAUGAUGGUAAACAACAACAGCAACAACAGUAAUAAUAAUAAUCUAACAUUGGCAUAUGAUGUCAAAGACCUUCUUUUUGAGGAAGGUGCAGAAGUCCUUAACAAGAAGCGGACAGAAAAUAUAAAGAAGAUUGGUGGUCUAUUAGCGGUAAACUUGGAGAGGAAAAGGAUUAGGCCAGAUCUUGUCUUGCGGUUGCAAAUUGAAGAAAAAAAACUCCGUCUUGUGGAUUUUCAGGCACGCUUAAGAGAUGAAAUUGAUCAACAACAGCAAGAGAUAAUGGCAAUGCCUGACAGGCCUUACCGGAAGUUUGUUCGUCUUUGUGAGCGGCAGCGUAUGGAGCUAGCUAGGCAAGUGCAGGCCUCUCAGAAAGCUAUGAGAGAGAAGCAACUUAAAUCUAUUUUUCAGUGGCGUAAGAGGCUUCUUGAAGCUCACUGGUCCAUUCGUGAUGCACGAACUGCACGCAACAGGGGAGUUGCCAAAUAUCAUGAGAAAAUGUUGAGGGAGUUUUCAAAAAGAAAGGAUGAUGAUAGAAGCAGAAGAAUGGAAGCAUUGAAGAAUAAUGAUGUUGAAAGGUACAGGGAAAUGUUGCUGGAACAGCAGACUAGUAUUACAGGGGAUGCAGCUGAGAGAUAUGCUGUUCUUUCAUCAUUCCUUAGUCAGACAGAGGAAUAUCUCCAUAAGCUUGGGAGUAAAAUAACAGCUGCAAAGAAUCAGCAGGAAGUGGAAGAGGCAGCAAAUGCUGCUGCAGCUGCUGCUCGUUUGCAGGGUCUGUCUGAGGAAGAAGUUAGGGUGGCAGCUGCUUGUGCUGGAGAGGAAGUAUUGAUUAGAAAUCGGUUUAUAGAAAUGAAUGCACCUAGAGAUAGUUCAUCUGUGAACAAGUAUUAUAGUCUUGCACAUGCUGUGAAUGAAAGAGUCAUAAGACAACCAUCAAUGUUACGGACUGGAACCUUAAGAGACUAUCAACUUGUUGGGCUCCAGUGGAUGCUUUCUCUGUAUAACAACAAAUUAAACGGAAUAUUGGCAGAUGAAAUGGGUCUUGGGAAAACUGUACAGGUAAUGGCAUUGAUUGCAUAUUUGAUGGAGUUCAAAGGGAAUUAUGGACCACAUCUCAUAAUUGUUCCAAACGCUGUUUUGGUAAAUUGGAAGAGUGAGUUGCAUACUUGGCUUCCCUCUGUCUCCUGUAUUUAUUAUGUUGGGAGCAAGGAUCAACGAUCGAAAUUGUUUUCUCAAGAGGUUUGCGCCUUGAAGUUUAAUGUCCUUGUGACAACUUAUGAGUUCAUCAUGUAUGAUCGCUCCAAACUAUCAAAAAUUGAUUGGAAAUAUAUAAUAAUUGAUGAAGCACAAAGGAUGAAAGACAGGGAAUCGGUUCUAGCACGUGAUCUUGAUAGGUAUCGUUGCCAACGGCGCUUGCUUUUGACUGGAACACCAUUGCAGAAUGAUUUGAAGGAACUCUGGUCACUUUUAAAUCUGCUUCUUCCAGAAGUAUUUGAUAAUCGCAAAGCAUUUCAUGACUGGUUUUCUAAACCAUUUCAAAGGGAGGCUCCUACACCAGACGCAGAGGAUGAUUGGCUUGAGACUGAAAAAAAGGUCAUCAUUAUUCAUCGACUCCAUCAAAUAUUAGAGCCAUUUAUGCUUAGGCGGCGUGUUGAAGAUGUUGAAGGCGCACUUCCACCUAAGAUCUCCAUAGUUUUAAGGUGUAGAAUGUCAGCUAUUCAAAGUGCUGUAUAUGAUUGGAUAAAAUCAACAGGCACCAUUCGAGUUGAUCCUGAAGACGAGAAGCUUAGGGUCCAAAAGAAUCCACUUUAUCAGCCCAAGGUGUAUAAGACCUUAAAUAAUAGGUGUAUGGAGCUUCGGAAAACUUGCAAUCAUCCUCUGCUUAAUUACCCAUACUUCAAUGAUUUUUCGAAGGAUUUUCUCAUAAGAUCAUGUGGGAAAUUGUGGAUCCUGGAUAGGAUCCUAAUUAAACUUCAGAGAACAGGGCAUCGAGUACUUCUUUUCAGUACCAUGACAAAACUCCUUGAUAUAUUGGAGGAGUACUUGCAGUGGAGGCGACUUGUAUACAGAAGAAUUGAUGGAACAACCAGUUUAGAAGAUCGUGAGUCAGCUAUAGUGGAUUUUAACAGCCCUGGUUCGGACUGCUUCAUCUUCUUGCUUAGUAUUCGUGCAGCUGGUCGGGGUCUUAAUCUCCAGUCUGCAGAUACAGUUGUCAUAUAUGAUCCUGAUCCAAACCCUAAAAAUGAAGAACAGGCAGUUGCUAGAGCCCAUCGUAUUGGACAGAAGAGAGAAGUAAAAGUCAUUUAUAUGGAAGCAGUUGUUGACAAAAUCCCUAGCCAUCAGAAAGAGGAUGAACUAAGAACUGGAGGCACUGUUGAUUCAGAGGAUGACCUUGCUGGUAAGGAUCGAUAUAUGGGAUCAAUUGAGAGCCUCAUAAGAAAUAAUAUUCAACAAUACAAGAUAGACAUGGCUGAUGAGGUUAUCAAUGCUGGGCGUUUUGACCAGAGAACUACUCAUGAAGAGCGACGGAUGACUCUGGAAACUUUACUGCAUGACGACGAGAGGUAUCAAGAAACUCUCCAUGAUGUUCCCUCAUUGCAGGAGGUAAAUCGCAUGAUUGCAAGAAGUGAAGAAGAAGUUGAAUUGUUUGAUCAAAUGGACGAAGAAUAUGACUGGAUUGAGGAGAUGACGAGGUAUGAUCAGGUUCCAAAAUGGCUUCGUACUAGUACAAGAGAAGUAAAUACUGUGAUUGCUAGUUUAUCGAAACGACCAUCUAAGAACACUUUGUUGGGUGGAAAUAUUGGUGUGGAGUCGAGUGAAGUGGGAUCUGAAACUGAAAGAAAGAGGGGCCGUCCCAAGAAAAAGCGUCUCAGCUAUAAGGAAGUAGAUGAGGAAACUGGAGAAUACUCAGAAGCAAGUUCUGAUGAGCGAAAUGGAUAUCCUAUGCAUGAAGAGGAAGGAGAAGUAGGAGAAUUAGAAGAUGAUGAAUAUAGUGGUGCUGUUGAGGCAACUCCAGUUGAAGAUAAGGAACAAGUGGAAGAAGAUGGUCCUGAAUGUGAUGGUGGGUAUGAUUAUCCGCCGGCUUCAGAAAGAGUUGGAAAUGAUCUCAUAGUCGAAGAAGCUGGUUCCUCAGGUUCGUCGUCAGACAGUCGGAGAUUGAUGCAGCCAGUUUCUCCUGUUUCCUCUCAGAAGUUCGGUUCCCUGUCUGCCUUAGAUGGUAGGUCAGGAUCUAUUUCAAAGAGGCUGCCUGAUGAAGUAGAGGAAGGGGAAAUUGUUGUAUCUGGAGAUUCUCACAUGGACCACCAACAUUCUGGAAGUUGGAAUCAUGACCGUGAAGAAGGUGAAGAUGAACAGGUUUUGCAACCCAAGAUCAAGAGGAAGCGUAGUCUUAGGGUUCGCCCCCGUCAUACCAUAGAAAGGCCCGAAGAGAAGUCUGGUAGUGAGACACAAUCUGUCCAACGUGGAGAUUCUUCUUUGUUACCUUUCCAAGUGGACCAUAAAUCUCAACCACAUACAAGGGCUGAUCCUGAAUUGAAAACAUAUGGGGAAUCCAGUGCUUUGAAGCAUGACCAAAGUGAUUCAUCCUCAAAACGGCGAAAUUUGCCCACAAGGAGAGCUGCUAGUGCAUCAAAAUUGCACCCUUCAGCCAAAUCUGGCAGAUUGAAUAACAUGUCUGAUCCUGCAGAUGCUGAUCACUACAGAGAAAAUUGGGAAGGGAAAGUUGCGCAUACAAGUGGGACUUCAGGUUAUGUUACAAAAAUGCCGGACAUCAUACAGAGAAGGUGCAAGAAUGUAAUUAGCAAGCUCCAGAGGAGAAUAGAUAAGGAAGGUCCUCAAAUAGUACCUUUACUCACAGAUUUGUGGAAGCGGAUCGAAAAUUCUGGGUACACAAGUGGAUUGGCAAAUAACAUCAUUGAUUUACGAAAAAUUGAUCAGCGCAUAGAGCGGUUAGAAUAUAGUGGAGUGAUGGAGCUUGUUUUUGAUGUCCAGUCUAUGUUGAAAAGUUCAAUGCAAUAUUAUGGGUUCUCACAUGAGGUACGAACUGAAGCCAGGAAAGUCCAUGAUCUUUUCUUUGAUAUCUUGAAAAUUGCCUUUGCUGACACCGACUUUCGAGAAGCCAGAAGUGCUCUUUCUUUUAGUAGCCCGGUUGUGGCCACCAAUGCUCUAUCCCCAAGACCAGGUGUUGGACAAACCAAAAGACACAAAUUGAUAAAUGAGGUGGAACCUGACCCCAGCCCUCAACAGAAGCUACAACGGGGACCUAUUAUCGGUAGUGAAGAAACAAGGGUAAGAAGCCAUAUUCCCCAGAAGGAAUCAAGACUUGGAAGCGGAAGUGGUAGUAGUCGGGAGCACUAUCAGCCAGAUGAUUCUCCAUUGCUUGCUCAUCCAGGAGAUCUGGUUAUUUGCAAGAAGAAGAGAAAAGACAGGGAAAAGACGGGGGUAAAAACUAGGAACGGACCAGCUGGUCCUGUUUCGCCCCCUAGCAUGGGUCGCGGUAUUAGAAGUCCCGGGCCAAAUUCAGUCUCAAGGGAGACGAGAUCAACCCAACAGGCAUCGCAUUCACAAGGGUGGGCCAACCAGCCUUCUCAGCCUGCUCAGCCUGCUCAGCCUGCAAACAGGGGUGCGGGAUCAGUUGGCUGGGCAAAUCCGGUAAAGAGGUUAAGGACGGACUCUGGAAAGAGAAGGCCAAGCCAUUUAUAAUUUGAUGUGUUUGGGAGAAGUUGUCACUUUCUUUUUAUUUCUGUUCAUAGUUUUAGUGGCAUAAGUGCAAUUAGCCAUACUGUUCAUACAGUGUAGGUCUCUUCAUUUACAACCAGCUUUUCCUAUGAAAUUGGUAGCUACUAUUAUCUGUGCCUCACAGGUCUUGCCCUCUAUACAAUAGAGGAGACCUUUGUAUAGUAUAAAUUCGCUUCAUACCAGUGUUG